GGAAGGCGGAUCUGAGAGCGAGGAACUCGUUAUUAAAAGAGGCUCCAGCUCCGUUAUCUGGAACUGGUUCGGCUAUAAAAAGAGUGACGAGGAGCAGACAUCGUGUAUAUGCAGAGUCUGCAAAAAAAUUAUAAGCUCAAAGGAUGGCAAUACAACUAAUUUAUUCCACCACCUCAAACACCAGCACAAACCGGAGUACGAGGAGAGCCAGACAAUGCGCGCAGCAGCGACAGCGUCUACCGCAAAAGGCAGCGGUAAGAAAACUUCUACCCAGGCAAAGAUUGCAGACGCAUUUGCGCAUUCAGUUCCUUAUAAUAAGGAAAGCAAGAGGUGGAAAGACUUAACGGAGGCAGUAGCGUUUUGUCUUGCUAGAGACAUGCUGCCACUCCAAACUGUGGAGAAGGAGGGAUUCAAAAGAAUGAUCAAUAAAAUGGAUGGCAGAUACAACAUGCCCUCAAGGAAAUAUUUUUCCAAGACAGCCCUGCCUAAGAUGUAUGAUGAGUGCCGUGAUGGCUUACAAACAACGCUGUCUACAGCGGAGUUUUUUGCCUCAACCACAGACAUGUGGAGUAGUCGAGCAACUGAGCCGUACAUCAGCCUCACGGUCCACUUCAUCACGAGUGAUUGGAGUUUGAACAGCUGUUGCCUCCGGACGAGUUUUUUCCCGGAAGACCACACGGGUGAAAAUAUUGCAAGUGGUCUGAAGCAAUUUCUGCAAGAAUGGAAACUGCACGAAAGCAAACAGGUGUGCCUGACCACGGACAGUGGAGCUAACAUGGUCAAAGCAGUCGCCCUGAACCACUGGACAAGGCUGUCCUGCUUUGGUCAUAACCUACACAUUGCUAUUGAGAGAAGCAUGAGGGACAGCAGGAUUGACAGAGCUGUGGGAGUUUGUAAGAAAAUUGUCAGCUUGUUCUCGCACAGCUGGAAGAGGCAACGGGCUCUCAAAGCUGCACAAGAAGAGCUCGGCCUUCCUCAGCAUAAAAUGGUGACUGAAUCUCCAACACGAUGGGGAUCCAGGCAGAAAAUGAUUCAGCGGCUGCUUGAGCAAGAGAAGGCCAUCACACAAGUCUUGGCUGCCGACCGGUCAACCAGGCAUCUGGUGCUUAAGUGGCAGGACAUUGAUGUCCUUGAUGCUGUCAGCAAGGCUUUAGGGCCUCUCCUUGAUUUCACUGAUGCCCUGUCCUCAGAGAAUUAUGUCACAGUGUCAUUCUUGAGGCCUAUUCUUCACCUUUUCAGCAGUGAGCUACUGCAGGAGAAGGAUGAAGACGCAGAUCUCACCAAGACCAUUAAAAAGUCAGUACUGGACUAUGUGAUGGCCAAAUACAGCAAUCCAGAGGUUGCAGAACUGAUCAACAUGGCAUCAUUUCUUGAUCCACGCUUCCGCACUCUGCACCUGAGUCAGGAAGAGAUCCAGGUCAUCAAAGCCAGAGUGGUCAGAGAGGGGGUAUCUGUUUCUGCCAUGCAAAGUGGCCCUGCUGCUUCUACCUCUGAAACACAAGCCCAGGGUCAAGCAAAAGAGGAGAACCAGAAGAAGAAACAGAAGAAAAGCCUUGGAAGCUUUUUCAAGCAAACAGCUGCUGCUGAGGUCCCUGUCAAAGUUUCUGACACUGUGAAAAUUGAGGCUGAAUUGAGCAGCUACCUACUUGGCCAAGUGGCAGACAGCGAAAGCAAUCCACUUACAUGGUGGAAAAUACAUGAAGUGAAUUUCCCUCUCAUCAGUCAUUUGGCAAAAAAGUAUCUGUGCAUCCCUGCAACAAGCACAGCCUCAGAGAGGGUGUUUAGUGCUGGAGGGAACAUAGUUACCUGCCACAGGUCUCUGCUGAAACCAGCCACAGUGGACAUGCUAGUCUUCCUGACUAAAAACCUUAAGGUUUGAGCCUUGGUGUCUUUUGGAAAGAAGCACACAUGCUUACCCUGCACAUUAUGGGUAAAUAGGGAGUUUACAGGAGUUUACAGUGUUUUACAUUUUUUCAGUGUUUACAUUUUCAUUGAAAUGUUAUAUAUUUUUGUUCUUCUUGUUCUCUUUUGCACUAUUUUGAUACCUUGAUAUAACGUUUGAAUAUUAAGAAAAUUUCUAAUUUUGUGGCAUGUUCCAACCACAGGUUAAUU